AUGAUGAUGGGUCAAGAUGAGGUUGGGAGUGAUCAGUCGACGCAAAUCAUAAAGGGGAAGCGUACGAAGCGACAGAGAUCUUCGUCGUCGACGUUUGUUGUGGCGGCGACGACCACCGUGACCUCCACAAGUUCAUCAGCCGGCGGUGGAGGAAGAGCGGUUUCCGACGAAUACAACUCGGCGGUUUCGUCUCCGGUAAGUACUGAUUGUACUGAGGAAGAGGAAGACAUGGCGAUUUGUCUUAUUAUGUUGGCUCGUGGGGUUGUUCCGUCGCCCGAUCUCAAGAAUUCGACAAAAACUGAUAAGAUUCUUCAUCAGAAGAUUUCGUCGAGUUUCUAUGUGUACGAGUGUAAAACAUGUAACCGGACUUUCCCUUCGUUCCAAGCACUUGGUGGACACAGGGCCAGCCACAAGAAACCGAGACCCUCCGGAGAUGAAAAGACGAAGUUACCCCUGAUGCAGCCCAAGUCUACUGGGUCAGAUGAAGGACAAACAAGUCUUUUCAAAGUUUCCGGCUCUGCCCUUGCUUUCCAGGCAAGUAACAUGAUCAGCAAGGCAAACAAAGUACACGAGUGUUCGAUUUGCGGUUCUGAGUUCACUUCGGGGCAAGCCCUCGGUGGCCACAUGAGGCGGCACAGGACAGCCGCCACCGCAGUUAGCCCGGCCGCGGCUGUCGAAGUUAGUAGAAACAGCACAGAGGAUGAGAUUGUUGAGAAUUUGGGUCGUUCGAUGGAGCAGAGGAAAUAUCUACCGUUGGAUCUUAAUCUACCGGCACCAGAAGAUGAUCUAAGAGAGUCGUCAAAGUUUCAAGGGAUAGUGUUCUCAGCCACACCAGCCUUAAUAGAUUGCCAUUACUAG